AGGUCAGAGCCACGAUUCUCCCUCCUGAUGCUCUUGGGGGGCUGUGUGGUGGAUGGGGCACUUGCCUUCUGCCGGGUGGGACAGGAAACCUUGCGCCCUACCCUCCAACUCUCUCUACACCACGUUGAGGGGUGGGAAGUCCCUCCAGCCUGCGCUGCUGGUGCGGUGGGGUCCGCCCCCGCUCUCUCGGGGCUCCGCCUCCACCCCGUCCCGGCCGGCCUCCCGCCUCAGUGAGUUUCUCUUUCACUUAGCGAUCCCUGAGGUCCUGCGCCUAGGGCCCUGCUUCCAUCGCAGGUCCCGGCUGCCCACGCCAGGGACCGAGGGAAGGAGAAGCGGGUCUGCGCAGCAGGCGGCUGAGCCCGGGCCCGCCCACUCGGAGCCGAGGCCGGAGCAGCGCGUCGGGAGCCUCCGGGGCGGGGACCCUGGCUGUGAGCGGGAAAUGGAGCGCUCGUGCUGGAGUGGAAGAGACCAGCUGGAACAACUCUGCUCAGAGGGCUGCCGAUGGACCUCCCAGUACAG